UUCUAUUAAACAAUCAAAAAUCAAAUUAUUUCAAAUAUAAGAAACUUUUAAGUAUUGUAAACAUCUAAAAGCAAUUAGCAGAGAUUACUUAGAUUACUAACUUUAGCGAAUUUCUUAGUUUAAUAUAACUCUUAGCAAUAAAAAUAAAUGUCUGUGUCAACAUAUAAUUCUCCCUAGAAGUAAAAUUUAAGACAUGAUAUGUCUCUUCCGCAAUAAAGUAAUAAAGAGAAGCAUUAGGAAGUUGUUUAUAAUGAAAGCAAAACUAACAUCAAUUUCUACUAGAAUUAGCUAGCAAAUGGCUACAUGUUUUAGCCUAAUCGAUAUCAGUCUUUCAAAAACAUUAAUAGUGACAAACAAAAAAAAUAAACAAAUCCUUUAAAUGAUUUGCAAUAGAUAAAACUUUAUAAAGAAAGUUAAAUUUUUUAUAAGAAUGAAUUAAAUUAAGAUAAAAGUAGUAUUUAUCCCUAACAAAAUUUCCGUGUUAGGAGCAAUCCUGUAAGCAAAGUCGAAUCAAGUUCUAAGUAGGAUGCACGGGAAAAUUAGAUUAAUAAAAACGACUUUCAAUAAACAAAUAAUGCAGAAUUUUCUAUUUAACAUCAAAAUGUUGAUACGAGUAAAAGUGCUAUUGAAUCUCUAACUCCAAAAUAUUAAUCAGAUAGAUAUUUAAACAGAAAAUCUCACGUAAAUACACCAUAAAGUCCAAAUACUAGUUAAUUACAGAUAAUUUAAAAUACUUCUUACAAAAAUGGCAUGAAAUUUGUAAAGGAGAAUAACCCACUGCAGUUUUUAACUAUGGCUGAAAAAGAGGACAAUAUCUAAAAAUAGAAGAAAUCUUCUAUACAGUAAAAAAUUUCUAACAAAAACCCCAGAGCUAUUCUCUAUCCAUUAAUAAAUACUUCUUCAUUUAUAAAACCUGAAUAUUAAAAUGUUAUUCGUUUAGAAAAAGACCAAAUUAGUAUUGCUUAAAAUAAUAAUUUUACUCAACAAUCUUCUUACAAAUUUAUUAUCGGAAAUGGCAACAAUUCUUAGCUUGUUAGAGAAAUUUUACAAAAAAAGGGAGGCUGGGAAGAAACUUAGUCCCAUAAUCUUUAUUUUCAUUUUAAUUGGUAACCUAUAAGCUAAGGGAUACAUUUUGAAAGAAUAAAAAGCACAAAUUUGCAUAGAUAUGUUGUAAACCAUUUUGAGUAACAUAAAGAAAUAUCAUCGAAAAUUAAAUUAAUUAAGAAUUUAGAAAAUCAUUGUAGAAUACAAUAAAUAUAUUUAUUUGAUAUAACUCCAAUUUCUUAUUGUAUUGAUUAUGAGCUUGAUAAUUAUGAGCAGGAAUUUGAGGAUUUUUUAAGUUUUUUUAUGAGUAAAUCUCAUAACCCUUCCAUGGACUACAUGUCAGUUGAACUUUUAAGAAGAAAAAAUUACUAUAAAAACUCAACAUACCCAGAUAAGUAAAUUAUUGGGGCUUCUUUCAAGUCAAGGCAAAGUGCUUAUUAGGGAUACUCAUAACCUAGAAGUCACUUUACUAUGUUUAAAGGACAUAAUAUUUGGAUGAUUAAGCCUGCUGAGUUUAACAGAGGUAGAGGAAUUAGAAUAUUUACAUCUAUCCAAUAGCUAAAUAAAAUUCUUUCUGAAUAUUAGGAAGACAAUGCGAAAGAAAUCGCUCGCUAUUAAAAUUAAAUUUAAGGUUUUAGCAGUCGCUACAAUGCUUUUAGUUAAGAUAAAAAGAGGUCCAAUUCAAGCUAUAGCUCUACAAAAAGAUAUGGAAAACCAAAGAUAUCGCAGAGAUACGUCAUAUAAAAAUAUAUUGAAGCACCACUUCUAAUUGAUGAAAGAAAAUUUGAUAUUAGAAUGUGGGUUUUAAUCUCUUUUGACAAUAAAUCCUAUGUCUUUAAAGAGGGAUACAUUAGAACAGCAUGCGUAAGUUAUGACACAAGCGAAUAAUCGUUAAGCAAUAAUAUAGUUCAUUUAACAAAUAAUGCAAUAUAGAAGUAUGCCAAAAACUAUGGGGAACACGAGCAAGGAAAUUAGCUCUCAUUUAAAAAUUUUGAAGAAUAUUUAACUAAAAAACGGAUUAAUUGCAAUUUUAAUGCAAAAAUAUUGCCAAAAAUAAAAGAUGUAAUGUCUCUAACAAUAGACUCAGUUAAAAGCAAGUUAAACCCCUAGGAGAGAAAAUUUUGUUUUGAAAUUUUCGGUUAUGACUUUAUAAUUGAUAAUAACUUCAAUCCUUGGCUGAUAGAAGUGAAUACUAAUCCCUGUAUCGAAUAAUCAAGUGAUAUGCUUUCUAUCCUACUAAAAAGAAUGCUGGAUGAUGCAUUUAAAUUAACACUUGAUUAAUUAUUUAAUCCCACUGCUAAGUAAGAAGAGUCAUAAUAUCCUGUAGAGGGUUAUAGUAACAAAGAGAAUAUGUGGGAGUAGCUCAUUUCAGGGACAUACCAAAAUCUUCGCGGAUGCCAAAGUUCUUUAAUAAAAAAAAAAUGA